CCGCUCCCUCCCUCCACUCCCUCCUCCUCCUCCUCCUCCUCCUCGUCGCUCCCCCCUCCCCUCGGCGAUGUCCGCGAGGGGCAUGGAGUUGGCCGGAGCCUAUAAAAGCCCCUGAGAGGAGCCCGAGCGCCGCCACCGUCGGGCAAGGGAGAGCUGAGCUGCAAAGGGAGCGCACGGCGAGCAGGAACGGCAGCGGAGCAACCGGGCACAACUGAGGCGCCACCAUGUCCCAUCACUGGGGGUACGGCAAGGACAACGGACCUGCUCACUGGCAUGAAAACUUCCCUGUUGCUAAUGGAGAGCGUCAGUCACCCAUUGAUAUCCAAAAAAAGUCCACCAAGUAUGAUGCCUCUCUGAAGUCCCUGAGCAUCAGUUAUGACCCAUCUACAGCUAAAACUAUUCUCAACAAUGGGCACUCCUUCAAUGUUGAAUUUGAUGACUCUGCUGACAAAUGCGUGCUGAAAGGUGGCCCAGUUGAUGGAAUCUACAGACUACGCCAGUUCCACAUUCAUUGGGGAUCCUGUGAAGGCCAAGGUUCUGAACAUGCUGUGGAUGGAGUGAGAUAUGAUGCAGAGCUGCAUUUGGUUCACUGGAACACAAAAUAUGGCAGUUUUGAAGAAGCUGUGAAGCAUCCUGAUGGACUGGCCGUUGUGGGUGUGUUUUGGAAGGUAGGAAAUGCUUGCUCUGGAAUACAGAAAGUCGUUGAUGCACUGGACUCUAUUAAACACAAGGGCAAGCAAGCUGCCUUCACAAACUUUGAUCCCACUGGUGUGCUUCCUGCCUCCCGGGAUUACUGGACUUAUCUGGGAUCACUGACCACUCCCCCCUUGCUUGAAUGCGUCAUCUGGAUUGUUCUGAAGGAGCCUGUGACUGUCAGCAAGGAACAAAUUGACAAACUCCGUUGCCUUUGCUUCAGUGAUGAGAAUGAGCCUCAGUGCUGCAUGAUGGACAACUGGCGCCCUUGCCAGCCUCUGAAGAGCAGAGAAGUUAGAGCCUCCUUCCAAUAAGCUGUGUCCCUUCAGCAUUGUGUUGUGUUCUUGAGGGUUGAGUUUGUUUGUUCCUUUUUUCCGCUAAGCACAAAUCAGACUAAUGCCAUAUAAGCACUAGUGACAUCUGUUUUUUUUACCCUAGUGCUCUCUUCUUCCUGUUGUUUCCUGAAUUUCCUAAAAAUGAAAUGCAAAAGGCCAUAAGCCAAGAGGAAAGCAGAUUUAUCAUGGUGUGGUGUAUAUACAGUGCAUGGCUGGGGAAGGAGGGAAGGGGAAUGGAAACCUGGUGUGAUGCUUGACAAGAUUUUUUUUUGUGAUUGUGGUGCUGAACACUGAUGCUGGGAUAGGAUUAUGUUCCUUCGGCAGAGACUGUCAAGGGACAGGGUGAUAAGCGACAGACAAAUAAGCCAUUUUUGAAAAAUGAAAAAAAA